AUGAAGAGGAGACGUACUACUAGGUUCAUACCCAAGUCGCCCGACAAGAUUUUGGAUGCUCCUGACUUGGUGGACGACUAUUAUCUGAACCUUCUUGACUGGAGCAAGUCAAACAUCCUCGCUGUGGCACUGAGGCAAAGCGUGUUCCUCUGGAAUGCGUCGAAUGGAGCAGCGCACAAACUGAUGGAGACUAGCGGGAGGGGGAACAUCGUCACCUCCCUGGCAUGGGGAGAUGUGCCGAGUGGCAACACGCUAGCAGUCGGAACUCACUUCUCAGAAGUCCAGCUGUGGGACGUUACGACUGGAACUGUGAUCAGACAGAUGGGGGGUCAUCGAUCCCGCGUCUCGAGCAUGUCUUGGAAUGGACAGAUUGUUAGCAGUGGCUCCCGCGACUCGACCAUCCACAACCAUGAUGUGCGGGCACGAGACCACCAGGUGGCGGAACUGAUAGGACACACUCAAGAAGUCUGCGGGCUGAAAUGGUCCCCGCAAGGCACUCAGUUGGCAUCGGGCGGCAACGACAACAUCUUGAACAUCUGGGAGGUGGGCCUGCUGAGCGCUUUGCUCCCUCGUCUCAUGCGCUUUUACCCGCUACAGGCAGCGGUGAAGGCAUUGGCAUGGUGCCCCUUUCAUUCGAACCUGCUCGCCUCAGGAGGAGGAACUGCCGACAGGAAGAUCUGUUUAUGGAACACGAGCAAUGGGCAGUGCAUGAACGAGGUCGACACCAAAUCGCAGGUCUGUGCGGUCCAGUGGUCAACACAUGACAGGGAGCUUGUAUCCUCCCAUGGGUUCACACAUAACCAGUUGAUCCUGUGGCGAUACGCGGGGAGAGGACGAGUGCACAAGGUUGUGGAGCUGACCGGACAUCAAGCUCGCGUGCUGCACAUGGCGCAGUCGCCGGACGGCACUACGAUUGUCUCAGCAGCGGCAGACGAGACGCUGAGGUUUUGGCGCAUCCUCGGGUCGCCGACCAGGAGCGCGGCGAAGCUCAAGAUGGAGCACUCCUCUCGCGGUCUGCUGGGGGCGAACUGCAUCCGAUAG